GAAGGUUGCCCUACGUUUGUUUACUUUUAAAUAAUAUUUUGAGUAGAAAUUAGAAUACGUGGCUUCCUAGUCCAAUCCAUUGUCGUCUAAACAACGUGAAGCGCGUCUACUCUCUCAGUCCGAUCGGCUGUUAAUCAGAGUGCCGGCAUCGAUCGUAACCGUCUACCGAUAAUUACCAUCAAGUGCCUACGAUGAUACGAUUUGUUUGUCUUCUCUGAACAAAAAUUCUAUAAUUCUAGCCAUUAUUCUCAGAUCGGAAAUUUUUCAAGAACAUGUUUUUUCAAUUGAUGUUGAAAAUUGAGGUUUGAAAUUCAACCUUUUUUAAAAAAAUAUAUAUAUAUAUAUAUAUAUCUCUUUCUUUAAGAACUCUUAUAUGGUUCCGAAAAAUCAAGAGUAGGCGUCAGACGGUUCAGGUUUGCUCGGAAGGUGGAAAUGGCGUCCUUGCAAGGUUUCCUUGCUACUGUUUCUCUACUAGAGGUUGUUUUCUUAGCAACUUUACUGACUGCGGAGAAGACGAAUCCACCUUUGAGUUCUGAUGCCAUGUUUGGUGAUGGAAAAUCUCCGAACUUCCCUUAUGGUUCACCUUCUGUCAAGGAAGAAGAUGCUGCUUCUGUUACAGGACAUCUAGGUCUUUCAGAUGGAAAGGAUAUUGAUAUAAUCGCAUCAUACAGUGAUACUUCUGGUGCUGUUCGAAUUAGUAGGGUGAAAAUGAGGGACCUUUCUGCUUCCUGGGUCUUGGAAAAUCCUAUUGAUAGAAACCAUGACCAGCCAAAGAGUUGGGAGACAGUGGAGCACUCAUUUCGCUCUCCAAUGAUAUUUAAAGAGAAAGACGAGAAUCAAUCUGGAGGCAGUGGAAUCCAAUAUCCUCAUCUACCAUCAAUGAGCCCUGUGAAGCUCAAGCGGAAGAUUAUGCGGCAAGAAAGGAAAAAUCUUCGAACUGCUGAGUUAUUAAGUCUAGAUAAAGAAGCUGAUAACCAGAUGGCCGCAGCUGCAAUUGAACGUUCUAAUAGUCUUGAUACCACCAUCAAGGGAAAAUAUAGCAUAUGGAGGAGAGAUUACGAAAACCCUAAUUCUGAUUCUACCUUGAAGCUUAUGCGGGACCAAAUCAUAAUGGCUAAAGUUUAUGCAAAUAUUGCCAAGUCUAAGAAUGAAAGUAGUCUUUAUAACUCUCUAAUGACACACUCCAGAAGAAGUCAACUUGUUAUUGGAGAAGCAAGUUCUGAUGCUGAGCUUCAUUCAAGUGCACUUGAUCAAGCAAAAGCAAUGGGUCAUAUCCUUUCUAUAGCAAAGGAUAAAUUAUAUAACUGUCCUGUGGUUGGGAGGAAGUUUAGAGCCAUGCUUCAAUCAACCGAAGAAAAUGUAAAUGCGCUAAAAAAGAAGAGUGCCUUCUUGAUUCAACUUGCUGCAAAAACAGUACCUAAACCAUUGCAUUGCCUCCCUCUACAGCUAGCAGCAGACUAUUUCCUACAGGGCUAUCAAAAGAAAGAGCAGGCUAACAAACAAAAGCUUGAGGAUACUUCCUGUUACCACUAUGCCAUCUUUUCUGAUAAUGUUCUAGCAACAUCAGUGGUUGUUAAUUCUACUGUGCUGCAUGCUAAAGAACCUGAGAAGCAUGUUUUCCAUAUAGUCACAGAUAAACUGAAUUUUGCUGCAAUGAAAAUGUGGUUUCUUGUCAACCCUCCUGCUGGGGCAACAAUCCAGGUUGAAAAUAUUGAUGAUUUCAAAUGGCUGAAUUCCUCCUACUGUUCUGUUCUCCGUCAACUUGAAUCUGCCAGAAUUAAAGAAUAUUAUUUCAAGGCAAACCAUCCUUCUUCUCUCUCUGUGGGUUCUGACAAUCUCAAAUAUAGGAAUCCAAAAUAUCUGUCCAUGCUGAAUCAUCUCAGGUUCUAUCUCCCCGAAGUUUAUCCAAAGUUGGACAAGAUCCUAUUUUUAGAUGAUGAUAUAGUGGUUCAGAAGGAUUUGACACCUCUUUGGUCCAUUGAUCUGCAAGGGAUGGUGAAUGGUGCUGUAGAGACCUGCAAGGAAAGUUUCCAUAGGUUUGAUAAGUAUCUCAAUUUCACUAAUCCGAAGAUCUCUGAUAAUUUCGAUCCAAAUGCUUGUGGUUGGGCAUUUGGCAUGAAUAUCUUUGACUUGAAGGAGUGGAGGAAGCGAGACAUCACUGGAAUAUAUCAUUAUUGGCAAGAUGCGAAUGAGGAUAGAACUCUUUGGAAGCUUGGGACGUUGCCGCCAGGGCUGAUAACAUUUUACAAUCUGACAUAUCCGCUGGAUCGGAGCUGGCAUGUUUUAGGACUUGGAUAUGACCCAGCACUCAACCAAACAGAGAUACAGAAUGGAGCUGUUAUACAUUACAACGGAAACUACAAGCCAUGGUUGGAUUUGGCUAUUUCCAAGUACAAGUCUUACUGGUCUAAAUAUGUCAUGUUCGAUAACCCUUAUCUUCAGCUUUGUAACAUCGGUGAAUGAUAAUACAUUUUUGUUUCAAUAGAUUUAACACAGGGAUACUUACACUUUUAUAUUAUUUAUUUGUUCUCUAAUGGAAAAAUAAAAAUUAAAUUAUUAUUAUUGUUA